UAGAUAAAUCUCAAUUUGGUUAUAAAUAUUGUAUAUUAAGCAUGGUUGGUGGCAUUAAUAUUGGCUUUAAUUCUGAAAAUACUGGACCGGAUAUGCCCGGCUAACAGACGACCUCGACAAAAAAUUUAACCAUUUUCCUCAAGGUUUGUUGUUGUUUUGUUGUCAGACCAUUAAAAUGGCGACAGCCACAGAAGCCCCGGAGUCCUGGUACCUGGCCCUACUAGGAUUUGCAGAGCACUUUCGCACGUCGAGUCCGCCUAAGAUUCGUUUAUGUGUCCAUUGUUUGAAAGCCGUGUUUCAGUUCAAACCGACCCAGAGGAUAGAGGCCCGGACACAUCUCCAGCUCGGCUCGGUGUUGUAUCAACACACCAAGAACAUCGAACUGGCCAGGACUCAUCUAGAGAAAGCGUGGUUCAUCUCCCAACAAAUCCCUCAAUUCGAAGAUGUCCAAUUCGAAGCAGCAAGUCUUCUGUCAGAGCUAUACUGUCAGCAGAACCUGGUGGACUCGGCCAAGCCACUGCUGCGCAAGGCCAUCCAGAUCUCUCAGCAGACGCCCUACUGGCACUGCAGACUGCUGUUCCAACUCGCCCAACUGCACACCCUAGAGAAAGACCUGGUGUCCGCAUGCGACCUUCUAGGGGUAGGAGCGGAAUAUGCAAGGGUCGUAGGCUCGGAAUACACCAGAGCACUUUUCUUAUUGAGUAAAGGAAUGCUGCUUCUGAUGGAGCGCAAGCUGAGCGAGGUGCACCCUCUGCUCACCCUGUGCAGUACUAUCGUGGAGAACUGGCACGGAAACCCCAUCCAGAAGGAGUCCCUCAGGGUCUUCUUCCUGGUGCUGCAGGUCACACAUUACCUGGAUGCCGGACAGAUCAAGAGUGUGAAGCCUUGCCUGAAGCAGUUGCAGCAGUGCAUCCAGACCAUCUCCACGCUGCACGACGACGAAAUCCUGCCCAGCAACUCGGCCGACCUCUUCCACUGGCUGCCCAAGGAACACAUGUGUGUGCUGGUGUACCUGGUCACCGUAAUGCACUCCAUGCAGGCCGGUUACUUGGAAAAGGCCCAGAAAUACACAGACAAAGCAUUGAUGCAGCUGGAGAAGCUGAAAAUGCUGGACAGCAGUCCCAUCCUGCCAACGUUUCAAGUCAUUCUCCUGGAGCACAUCAUCAUGUGUCGGCUGGUAACGGGACACAAGGCUACAGCUUUGCAAGAGAUCUCCCAGGUAUGCCAGCUGUUCCACCAGUCGUCUCGGCUCUUCACUAACCACGCUGCCCAGCUUCAUACGCUCCUGGGUCUCUAUUGCAUCUCCGUGAACUGCAUGGACAACGCCGAGGCCCAGUUCACAGCUGCUCUUCAGAUGACAACGCACCAGGAGCUUUGGACCUUCAUCGUGACCAACCUAGCCAGCGUCUACAUCCGGGAAGGGAACCGGCAGCAAGAGCUGUACAGUCUUCUGGAGCGCAUUAAUCCGGACCAAAACUUUCCCGUUAGCUCUCACUGUCUGCGAGCGGCAGCCUUCUACAUCAGAGGGCUCUUCUCCUUCUUCGAGGGGCGCUACAACGAGGCCAAGAGGUUCCUGCGGGAGACCCUGAAGAUGUCGAAUGCAGAGGACCUCAACCGGCUGACGGCCUGCUCUCUGGUGCUCCUGGGCCACAUCUUCUUUGUUCUAGGGAACCACAGGGAAAGCAGCAAUAUGGUGGUUCCCGCCAUGCAGUUGGCCAGCAAGAUCCCGGACAUGUCGGUGCAGCUCUGGUCCUCGGCUCUCCUCAAAGAUCUCAACAAGUCCUGUGGGAACACCAUCGACGCCCACGAGGCAGCCCAGAUGCACCAGACCUUCUCCCAGCAGCUCCUGCAGGAUCACAUGGCGGCCUGCAGCCUCCCAGAGCACAACCUCAUCGGAUGGACGGAAGGCCUUCCACCGGUGCAGCUGCAGCCGCAGAAUGGACCCACCACGGGCCUCACCAGCCUGCUCUGAGAACGUCAAGGAGGCCUGGCAAUGCAAUCGGGCCGGGGGGCAAGUGAGGCAGAAUAAGAAGGUUAAUCUGACUCCAUACUUGGAGUUGGACAGACAUUGGACAAAGAGGGGGAUUUUUAUUAAUGGUCUCCCGUUGACCCAAGUUUAUAUAAAACAAGGGGGUGCAUUACGUCACUAGUGCUAGAUUUGAAACUGAGCAUGCAAGGUUUUGCAUACAGCCCAAUUAUAAUCUUGGGCAUGAUUUGAAUGGUUUUGUUAUCUUUCACACUGCCUGGCACCUCAAGAUACUGUUACUGUACAGUGACUCUAACAAAUACUGUCCUUUUUAAAUUCCCUAGUUAUGGCGUGACCAUUGAGUAGUCUGUCCGACCAAAAUCAAUUAAGUUAUCCGAUGUAAAUACGUGACAUCGGAACCCGUGAUUGGAUGGGCUCAGAUGGGAUUUCCACGUGAAUUGGAAAAACAAGGUUUCCCUUCCCUCUCCCCCCCCCCACACCCCCCUAUGUCCUGAUACUCAGAACAGCAAUAACAAUGGCUAUAUUGCUAUCGUUACCAAGUCUCUAUAGACCCUCCUACAAAACAUCUAAAGUGUAUUUAGUAUGUUUCUUUGAUCACUUUUGAGGAAAGAAUGUGAUGAUAAAUCCGUGGAAUGAUGAAGUAUUCCAUGUCUCGCAGACCAUCAUUAAUGCAACUCUAUUAUAAUAGAGCUGCUCAUGUAAUAGAGUAGACAUGCUUGGUGAGGCCAUCGCUCACCAUGUCCAGCAGUAGAUAUACGUAGGCCUAUCACAUGCUAUAUGGCUUGAUAGCUGUUAGUAGGACAAAGUUUUGAGACAAUUUCAGGUUUUUCAUUUUAUUGCCAGUUGCUCUUUUAAGCCUGUUGACUCUUUUUACCUGUGUUGUCUCGAGUGUGGUGCAUGUGUACAUAUCUCCUGGAUAAAUACAAUCGGUCAUGAAGUAUUUUACUAAAGUUUGCUUAAUUUAAGCCUUUUAACGAUUAACCUUUUACAUACUGUCCUUUCUUGGAAAUGAUUUACUUCAGUUCUACCCAUUGAUACUCAAAUCCCUGGUGGCACACAUUUGUUCGGUUUAAGAAUUUCUUCACUAAAUUGUGAUUACUGUUUACUACUAGUUCAUACUACUUGUUACAGUUUAUCUAUCGCUACAUAAAUGAAAUCUUUCUUGCCUUCCCAUACAAUUAUAACAAGAAAAGGCAUGGCUUAGUGACUUUAGGUUUAUCCAUGUUUCUUGUUAAUAUUGGAUAUCUCAAAACAACAUACUCCUUUUUCUAUAAAUUUUACAUAAAAUGCAAAAAAAUCACAUUGUUCAAGCACAACCUGAUCAAUAUUUGUUGCUUUGUGUUACAGCACCACUGAUCAAAGUAAUAAACAGUUCAGAAUGUAUGUGAUUGACUGUCUUUUUGUAAAUCUUAAUAAUUUGUGCAUAAUGCUUUGCGUUGCUUAUUCAAACUAUAUGUAUUUUACAUGCAUCUUCCAAAUAUAUUUUUUGUAUGCAGAUAUAAAAGCAAAAAAAGUGUGCAGCUUAAAAACUAACGUUCCACACAAUUAACAUUUGAUGGGGUCAUGGGGGUUUUUACUUUAAUAAAACAGUUAAAUGGGAUAUGUGUGUAGUUCUACGCCUUAUGUAGUUUGGCCCAUUCUUAGUAGAUCUACUUUAGGGUUUUUGAGGGUUUAGUGCUCCCCAUUUCAGAUUAUAAAACAUCGAAUUAUUAUUUCAACAAAACAUAUAUUUGGAGUGUCAGCAAAAAGGACAUGGAGAUAUUUUAGAUAACCGUCUAAGCAACCAUGAAUAGAUAUUGUGAACACCGAACUAACUAUUUAAAGCAUUCUUUCUCUCUCAUCAAAGCUGAGGUCGCAACGCCUGUUAUAUGAGAAUAAAAGAGCGGAGUAAUAAGUAAAGUUAGAACUUUAUGCAUAUAAAGGUGUCUUGGACGGCGCUGAGAGGAGCCAUUUCCUGCCAAAUAGUGAGCCCGUCUAAUCGCGUCUGCAGCAACGACUUCCUGCAUUGUUACAGUAGUCUACUUAAUGAGGAUUAAGUUGAAGCUGUCAUGUUACGAGCGGCCAUUGCUAAAUGCAUGAAGAGAAUCUUUAGGACGGAUCCACAUUCAAAUAUUCCCGUAGGCAUCCAAUUCAGUUGCCCGCUUAGUAAACUAUGACAAAUAUAUUAGAAUGCAGAAGUAUUCCCUAUAGUGUUGGAAAUGCAAGUAUACAUGCUGCUCAACACCGCAUGAAGGAUAAUACCAGACAUUACACUCCUGCGAUCUAAUUGUGGCUUAUUUAUAUUAAAAGCAAAAUAUGAAGGCCUUUUUCUAUUGCCAUCUUUACAAAUAAAACUUAAGACA